UCUAUGCUGUAUUCGGCUGAUGCUUGUUACCGGGUGCAUUUGUUGACCUGUGACUCUACGCAGUAGACGUCAAAGGUCGGUAAGGAGUAGCGAUCCAUUUCAAUUGGAUUGCUGUUCCUUAUACGGCAACAGUCUUGUCAACGAUAAUUAAACGGGACCCCAAUACAGCCAUUGACUACCUAUUCAUCUUUGAGACUGACUGUUCACCUAAACAUAUCGACGCUUCACCCACGGCCCAAUUUAUAAAUCUAGUUUCCACCAUAGAAACACACCAACAUAUCUAUUUUACUUUUCCUUUAUCAUUCCAGGCUACACGUUUUCUUUUCUGGCCUAGUAAAUCCUAGAAUCUGAUGGCAGUAAAUCUACUGCUCCCCCUUAUUUCCAUUACUCUGUUCGUAGUCGCGUUGGCUCAGCCCAUUUAGAAAAAAUAUAUUCCCAUUGGCUCAUCACUUACUGCAAAUUCCAAAAAUUCUAAAUGGAUUUCAUCUAAUGGAGAUUUUGCAUUUGGAUUUUAUGCCGUCACUCCUGCUGUCUAUCUAGUAGGCGUCUGGUUUGAUAGCAUAUCUAAUAAAACUCUGGUGUGGACGGCCAAACCGGGCGACAGAGGCAUUACAGUUGAAGAGGGGUCUACUCUGCAGCUUUCUGCCACAGGGCUUCAGCUCUUGGAUUCCUCAAGGAAGCCGCUAUGGGACGCAAGUCCCGCUGAAAAUGUAAAUGUAUCUAUGGCUGCAUUACUGGACAGCGGCAAUUUCGUGUUGAUAAAUCCCACAGAGGGCAACGUCUGGCAGAGCUUUGAUUUUCUUACAGAUACCCUCUUGCCAGGUCAGAUGCUCAAGUGGAAGUCUGUCAUGUAUUCUAAAGCUUCUGCUACAAACUACUCAUCGGGUCGGUUCGAAUUGGUCUUACAAGAGGACGGUAAUUUGGUCCUUUAUCCAGUGGAGCGCGUUGGCGAGGAGCAGGGCGCUUACUGGUCUAGCGGGACCUAUAAGUAUUCUGAUAAUCCCAUCAACUUGAUUUUUGAUGAGAGUGGAGAGUUGUAUUUGAAAAACGACACCAGAAUUGAAAACAUCACUGAUGGCGAGACGGAAGGGGGCAGAUUUCUCCGUAGAGUGACGCUCAAUAGUGACGGCAUUCUGGGGAUGUAUAUUUGGAACGCAGACGGAGAUACUUCUUGGUAUCCUCUAUGGCAAUCUGUUACAGAUCCAUGCUCGGAGGUGAAAGGUCAGUGUGGACGCAAUGGCAUCUGUCAAAUAAGUAGCCUGAACCAGCCUCUUUGCGUUUGUCCUCCGGGCUUCCAUUUUACUGACAAAGAGGACCACUUCAGGGGAUGUUCGCCCAACUCGCCUCCAGGACAGAGCUGCUCUGCAAGCGCUGUCAUGUAUAAGCUAGACAAGACGGAUUGGACGACAGAGGGCAACCAUUUAACCGACUUAAGUAACGACUACAUGGUGCUGGAUAAUACUACCGAGACCGAAUGCAAGAAGGCCUGCAUGGAUGACUGUAUGUGCACCGUAGUCACCUUUGAAGAUCGCUUGUGUCACAAGAAACGCUUGCCUCUAAUAGACGGCUAUCAAGAACUAUCUGUUAGCGCUAUUACUUUCGUGAAAGUUAAGGAAGAGGACAGCUCUCCUCCCAUUUCUAAUCAAGCGCCUCUUCCUCGCCUGCCAAACGAGGUUAGCAAGAAGGGCAAGGUGGACCAGCGUCUGGUGAUCGGGAUAAGCCUCAUGGGCUGUUCCUCAGCGCUUGUGGCAGCAUCCAUACUAAUUAUUUGGUUGUGCUGGUGUGGUCGUGUAAAACUUGCGGAUGCGGAUGAGGAGGGUUUAGCAGCGUUUUCUUAUAAGGAUAUAGAAUUCGCUACAGGAGGAUUCAGAGAAGAGAUAGGAAGCGGCGCCUUUGGACGAGUUUAUAAAGGCACCCUGACUGACAGCAGUGCAAUUGCCGUGAAGACUCUUGAUAAACUGCUUCCCGAUGGCCUGGCGGAUAAGCAGUUUAGGACAGAGAUGAGCGUGAUAGGCAUGAGUCAUCACAAGAAUCUUGUUCAGAUUUAUGGCUUUUGCGACCAAGACGCGCACAAGCUUCUGGUCUAUGAAUACGUCACAAAUGGGUCGCUCGAUAGGGCUUUAUUUGUAGACAGAGGUUUCCUCAGUUGGAGGACGCGCGUUCAAAUCGCCACGGGAACAGCACGGGGCAUCCUCUAUCUGCACGAAGAAUGCACAGAGCAGGUUGUCCACUGUGAUAUAAAGCCUCAAAACAUCUUGCUCGACGACAACUACAAUCCCAAGAUUUCAGAUUUUGGCUUGGCAAAAUUGAUGAAGGCGGAGCAGACUCGAACAUUUACAGGAGCUCGGGGUACAAAGGGCUACGUAGCGCCCGAGUGGCACAAAAACAUAGCAAUCACUGUCAAAGUGGAUGUCUACAGCUUUGGGGUGAUGUUAUUGGAAAUCAUUUGUUGCAGGAAAACCAUCAACUUAGACGCCCCAGAAAACGAAAUGUUUCUAUCUCAGUGGGUUUACGAGUGCCUCAAACAUAACUCACUUGACAAAUUAGUGGAGAAGCAGCGAUCAGAAGGCAUCGUAAUUGAUUCCACUCAGCUAGAAAGAAUGGUGUUGGUGGGUCUGUGGUCUAUUCAAGAAAACCCAUCCUUAAGACCAUCAAUGAAAAAGGUUGUUCAGAUGUUGGAAGGAACAGUGGAGAUUGCGCUACCCCCUUCUCCAGACUCUUUUAUCAGUUUACUGUGAUUACUAGUAACUAUUUGCCCACAAAUAUCGCAGCCCCUCUCCUUUCUUCACAAAGUUAUCAUAAGUGCCUAUCUACUGCGAACCUCUGAUUAGUUUACUAGUAUUUCUCUGUGAUUUUGUCGUUCCUCGUGUAGGAACAUUGCAUUUGCUUUGUUAUUUUUCUAGAUCUUCUAAACUGUUAUAAUUGAAUGUUAGUUUUGUUUGGACUCUU